UCUUCCAACGCAAAACCACCACAUCAUCCAGCAAUAAGUCGCUCCCAGUCAAAAUGCAUCCAUCGGCAUAUUUAAUUUCGUUUUGUUUGCUCGUCUGUUACGCCAACGCGGACGUUAGCGAGAUCGUCGCAAAAGCAGCAGCCGCAGUCCCCAUCGACAAUCAUCAUCAACCAGCAGUGACGGCGACGGCGGCGGCGGAGGAAAUUCAAACGUGUCUGGUGCUGACCACCAAUUUGCAACCCAACCCGGAAGCUAACACUGUCCUGCCGGAGCACGGCCCGGUACCGGCUUCGUCAUCGUCGUCGUCGCUGGACGUAGACAUUGACGUCGCUGCCGAUGCUGAGGUGAUCCAAGCCGGUGGUGGACAGUUGGACAGUAGCCAUGCGGACUACCAGGGACCAUAUCAUUACGAAAAGCCACAGGUUCCGCUGGAGUAUGGUGCCCCGCUGCUGCCAGCGACGACGGAUGCUCCUGCAUUGCUACUACCACCCCCGGAGGGAAGGAACGAUGUCUUUGAAGGGGAUGAUUAUUUGCCGCCAGCACCAACCAACAGUAGAGAUGGUGAGAGGUACAAAAGACACGCCAGGUUGUUUGGAGGACGUGCACUGUUAUAAAUUGUAUGGAUAGGUGAAACUAUUUACGAAACGAAAUAUACUAGCGCACUGCAAUGC